UCAAAUACUCACGAAACCCACAUCGCACGAAUCCACUUUUUAGCCUCAAAGACAGGCGUGAGGAACGCACUUAUUAGAAAACUCAAACUCAAACGCACUUGCUUCAGUGCAUGUCUACCUCCCCAAUGGCACCUCAUAUUCUUCUUCGCUUUCCAUUUUUCCUUAACAUUCAUCACACAAUUCCAAGUUCCAACCCUCAAGAAACCGAAGAAUCUCUAUGCACAUAUCCUCAGAACUCCCUGAGGAAAUGGCCCUCAAUACCACCAAGUCUAAAAACUCAACUUCACCUUCAAAUUUCUACUUGUGCACCACUCUUUUCUUCAUUGUCCUCUUCACCAUACCCGUUCUUUUCCUCCUCCAUGCCCCAACCACCACCAUCUCCAUAUGCACCAACCCAGCCAAAACAUGGUCUGGUGAUCUUCAGUUAGUUGAAUUUGCGUGGAACCGCCUCUCGUUUUUUGAACACAAGCCACCACCCUUUGCUCUCAAAGUUGCUGUCUUCUCCAGGAAAUGGCCUAUUGGCACAACCCCUGGUGGCAUGGAGCGCCAUGCUCACACCCUUCACACGGCUUUGGCACGCCGUGGCCAUCAAAUUCAUGUCUUCACAUCUCCACCUGAUCAAGAUGAGAGCAUUUCAAUCUCAUCAUUCUCUGAGGUGAACAAAAACAACCAUCAAUCUUCCCCUUACAUCCAUUUCCAUGAAGGUGAGCCUGGCAGGUGGCACUAUAACAAGGCGUGGGAACAGUUUGUAGAAGAAAACAAGCCAGAACCAUUCGAUGUUGUGCACUCAGAAAGUGUGGCACUCCCUCACUGGCUAGCGCGCAACAUGUCAAAUCUUGCAGUGUCUUGGCAUGGCAUAGCCCUUGAGAGCUUGCAAUCAAGUAUUUUCCAGGACUUGACUCGCCGGCCUGACGAGCCUAUGUCCCCUCUCUUCAACAAAAGCAUACAGGGUGUUGUGCCAAAGGUGCUGAAUGAGAUAAGGUUCUUCAGGAAUUAUGCCCAUCAUGUUGCUAUUAGUGAUAGUUGUGGUGAGAUGCUGAGGGAUGUGUACCAAAUUCCUAACACAAGAGUCCAUGUAAUACUAAAUGGUGUUGAUGAGGAUGACUUUGGAGAAGAUGUUGAAUUGGGAAGGGAAUUCAGAACCAAAAUUGGCAUUCCAGGGAAUGCAAGUUUGGUAAUUGGUGUAGCUGGAAGAUUAGUGAAGGACAAAGGCCAUCCUCUGCUUCAUGAAGCAUACUCAAGGCUUAUAGCCAAGCACCCUAAUGUGUACUUGAUUGUUGCUGGUUCUGGACCAUGGGAGAACAGGUACAGGGAUUUAGGGAGCCAGGUUCUUGUUCUGGGAUCAAUGAGCCCUUCCAUGUUAAGAGCUUUCUAUAAUGCUAUUGACAUUUUUGUCAAUCCCACUCUCAGACCACAAGGGCUUGACCUUACUUUGAUGGAGGCAAUGAUGAGUGGGAAGCCUCUUUUGGCAUCAAGAUUUCCAAGCAUUAAAGGAACUAUUGUGGUUGAUGAUGAAUAUGGUUACAUGUUUUCGCCUAAUGUGGAGUCGUUGUUGGAGGCGCUGGAAGCAGUGGUAAAGGAAGGACCGCAGAGGCUAGCAAUGCAGGGCAAGGCAUCCCGGGAAUAUGCUGCCAAAAUGUUUACAGCAAGAAAGAUGGCAUUAGCAUAUGAGAGGUUAUUCCUAUGUAUAAAAGAUCGUACAUUCUGCACCUAUCCUUGAAGCUUAGGUUAGAAUAGAAACUCCUUUUGCACCUUUCUUUCAUUUAUUUAAACAAUGAUUAGAUUUAGUUAUCAAAUGAUUAUAAUUUCUUGAAUCACUUUCAUACAUUAUGGCUUCCGUAUUGGUCUCGAAUAUGAAGUAUCUAAUAUUGUAAGACACAAUAAAUAAAGGAGAUUUACUAGAAGUUGUAACAAAAUAUAUGUGAGAAAUAAUAAUUAGAAAAAUAAAGUCAUGAAGAUAAAAGGUUGUGAGUUUACUAUACAUUAGGGGAUAUUAUUCUCGUUGAAGGGAUAUUAUUCCUUCUUAUGUACUAAGCAUUUUUCAUUGACAUUAUAUCCAUUUAGUAUUUUACUUGAGAAGUUA